GAAACCGUUGCGCGUUUUCAUGAUAAUAUUGCAAUCGAUCGAUCUUUUCAGGUGACUUUAUAAGAGAUUUUCGUAACACUUCAAAACAAGGGUUACCUUCCAUACAGGGGAGUUAGCCGUGGAUUAACGCAAUGCAUACAAUGAUCAGUUCAGAGAAGUACAAUCUCGGUACACUGUUGAUCGGAAUUCUGUAUAUUACACUCGUCACAAGACUAGAUGCCGCCUGUCCAGCUGGAAAGCACCGUUACACGAACUGUACCAAUCCGUGUUUGGCUGGAGAGGACACAGUUUUCUGCGAGUCCGACCACACGGCCACAUGUCGCCCAGACUACUGCGGAGGAUGUAUUGCAAGAUUUUACAACAAUGUUGGCCAAGAAGUGUAUUGUGAAAAAGAGUACGGCUUUGUUUGUGAACUAAAGAGCCACACGGUUGGCUGCCUGGACCAGCCUGGGAAAGUUCUCCAUGUUUCCUUCGCUAACUACGGACGGACAUCUACCACCGUGUGUGUCCAUCCAUAUGGUCUGGAGCGACUCCACAACACCACCACAUGCGGCUCCCCUAGCACCCUUGGUGUGAUCAGACAGAUGUGUGAGGGUCGGUUUCAGUGUUUACUCACGGCCGACAAUGAACUUUUCGGAGAUGAUCCUUGCUUCGGUAUAUACAAGUAUCUGGAAGUUGAGGUCGAGUGUGUUUCUCCAGAUCCGACAUCCACGGCAGCACAGCCGUUUGCAUCAAUUGGAACUUUGAUGACCGUUUUCAUUCUGUUUCUGAAAUGGAUUAACUAGACAAAUAAAGCAUACCAGAGAGAUUGGUGAGGGACCAAUUCCAGCGUGGAUGUCCUACAGAUCUAUAUUUGUUUUAUUAGUAGAGACGGAUUUUACUAGUGAGUUGUUUUACUCGUUUCGCCAUAUAUGUGUUUUUAAAAAUAUUUGUGAAGCUGUUUCGGAAUGUGAUGAUGUAUAGCUUUAGCACCAUUAUAUAGUUAAUUUGUAACUGACAUGACUUACCAAGUUGAUUUAGGAAAAACUAACGCAUUUAUUUUGUCUUCAGUAUUUUAUU